AUGCCAUCAUUCCAGCGGCUCAAACACCCCUUUCAGCGCCCUGCUCAUUAUUACACGAUCCACGAGCCGUCUCCUACACCAAAACAGCUGGAGAGACAACGUGAGAGGGAGAGGAAGAGGGCACUUGACAAGAUUGAGAACGACCUUGAUGACGGACGUAUUGGGCCCAGAGGUAGUGGUUCGCCUGACGAACUCCCGGUAAUCAUCGACAGAGGUCCAUACACAGGCCACAUAUAUCCGCGAGAGCAGCUUUUUUUCAACAGCAUCAUGCUGGCAUCUGACGUAGAGCCAAUAUACGCUGGCCCGCCGGGUGGAGAGCUUAGGCAGGAGGUGCAUAGGACCCCAGUAAGACGUCCGAACACUCAAGGAGAGCGGAAGCCGCCUCCAAGGCCUGUACCGAGUGAAUACUUGACGGCGUCACAGAAUACAGAAAACCUAAGGCAGUGGGAGGAGCGGAGUGGCCGGACGCCUGCAGUUCGGCGAGCACAGGUUUCAGAGCGUAUACUAUCACCUCCUAGACAGCCGUCUCCACCUCGGGGACCGAUCACACCUGGUACUAGGGAAUGGGACGGUUUCAUGGACUUCCCUAUGGAUAAUUGUGUAUACACCGACCUCGGUGGGGUGGUCAAUGUGGAUGCAUUUACUCCAGUACGCAUCUUACCGACGACGUCAAUGUCCACCGUACCACCGCAUCCGAUAGCUGCCUCUGAAACUACUCUUGACAUAGUGUUACAGACUGACUCGUCUCCCUCAACAGUUCAAGCAACCUCAUCACAAAUACGAACCCAGGCCCAUGCUUCAACAAGACUGCCAGGUAGUGCGUCGAUCAGAACCGAACAGCCCGAACUACUGAAAUGGAAUUCAGUGAUUAACAGUAUACUACACAAUAAGGCUGUCGAUCCCGGAAUCCGGGCAAGAAUCAGAGAAAGGGUACAACGUAGCUCUACCACUGUUGGUACAGGGUUUGGAAAUACCCCCCCUACUACUAUGGUAGAUGUCGACCUUGUUCCAAACUUUAGUUACCCGAUUGCUGGAAGUGAGUUUCAUGAUCGUCUUCAUCAUGGGCAAUCACCUCGGUCGCAGUCACUGGAGGGUAUCGUAGAAAAUGAAGAGCAGCAGCAAGAGCAACGAUUAUCCAAUGAUGUUAGUCUUAGACAUUACAGUCAUUUGAGUCCAAAUGACACUGUCUACCGUUCUCCCACGCCCACUAAUCUGCCACUACGAGGAGGCAAUGAAGAGAGCCGAACCCAACUGACCAAUGGUGUACCACCAGGUUAUUACCCUCCGUCAUCAAGCUCCAGCGAUGAUUCAAGUGACGACCCCCGCCAUCACCCACCGUCACCCCCUGAUUGUGUACCAGAGCAUGUCUUCGUCCUCCUCCGUUCUCUACUAACACCAUCCGAGCUCGUUCUUCACUACAACGGCAUCCAGGAUUCAGCUCCUCCGCAUCCUCCGCCAUUUCCUGGCCCCAUGCUACCCAGCAAUUCCACGUCGGUUACACCGGUAGACAUACAUCUUGUCCGAAAGUUACAUACUGCUAUCUACGGUCUCCAAGAUCGCGUCAUUGGCGUAGAAGAGGAUCUCAUUCCGGAUCUUAGCACGCACCUGGAGCAAAGGCACCUCCAAAUUAGGGAACUCGAUGCAGGGAAUCUCAGUUUACAGGAAGAGACUGCAGAACUCAAGCGCAUAGUAGAUUUCAGCAACAAGGUUUUGGCCGGAUGCUGGGAGCGCGAAUGGGAGGUUUGGCGCACACUUAACGAUAUCCAGAGAAGGCGCGGAAAGUACCGUGGGCCUUUAGCCUGCAUGUUCUCACGUGCCUCAAAUACUAGCACUCAGGACAACGAGCUGUUGGACUUUCAUAGGCCAGAAAGUUAUGUGGUUCAGCCUCAGCCUCAGUCGUUUAGCAGAGCAGCACAGGGCCCUCUUAAGAAGAAGGAACUUGACGCUCUUUUGUUAAUGGCGAAACAGAAUGUCAGCAUACUUGUUCAGGAUCUGAAGGAAAUGAGGGGUUUAGUGGAAGCAUUUCAGGGGAGAAAUGAGGUAGACGAAGAGGCACUGCCAACGGAAAGAUCCUGGAGGGAUGUUUGA